AUGGGUUUCCUGGACAGGCUUCGAGGAAGGAACCAGGAGGAGGCGGAUCAUGUUUCCAGCUUGGACGCUGCUACCGCUGCAGCAGGGAGCGACCCGAGCCUCUUCAAUGUCGAAGCGUCGAGCAACACACUCCCCUCCUCGUCUGCCGGGAGUAACGCAUUCGAUAUCCAGGCACAGGACACCAGCCGCUUGUACAACCCUUACGAAGGUCUCGCGGCGGUGAGCCGUCGCGAGGGCGUCCCUCAAUUCCGACUCCCCCAGCAGCCCGAGUUCCUCUUCAUCGAGGAUGCCACCCGCCUGCGCCUGAACCAGCUGCUGAACACCUCGGGGAAGCUCGGGCGUGCAAACGGUAACUCGCUGGGGGCUCUUGGACUGAUGUUUGCGGCGACAGAAUCCUUUGGAAACUACAUGUCGGAUGGCGUCGUGCCGUCCGAGGUGGUGACUCUGGCUGCGGGAGCAUCGGCGGGGGCUCUGUACCGCUCGGUCAGGGGACCCCGCCAGGCAGGCGCCGCGGCGGCUGUGGGAGCGCUGGGCGCGGGCGCCUUGAUCCUGGCGCGCAAGACCAUCAGCCGUGGCCUGUGA